AUGCAGUCAACUAGCCCAGUUCCGAAAAGGAUCGCCUCAGACGAAUCCCCGUCCCCAGUCUCGACAAAUCAGCCAAAUCCCAGACAGCGCAAUCGCAUCCACAACCAAGCCAUCAAAAGAGCCAAGGCUAAUAUAGGGAAACCUCGCGACCACAUCUUGUCGACGUCUCGUGAUGAAAGUCCUGACUCGCAACGCAUUCGCGAUUCGCUACUUGGGUUGGUCAAAGCUGGCGUCAAUCAGGAUCUCACCAUAACCACCACUGUGGUGUCACCGAGGUUGACUGUGACAUCUGGGGGCCUUCGUGGCGAUCCGUUCUGUGCUUUCCCAAUAUCACCGGAAGGAGGUGUCCUUUCCGCUGUCGACUAUUUCCUCCAACACUAUGCGCCGGUUCACAUCAAUCCCAGAAAAGAGCAAUUAGGUCCAGCAGAUAGCUUGCCGCUAUCGCGACGGUAUUUUGGUCUGGCCUUGGAGAAUGCGUCCAUGUUUGAACUCAUGGUGGCGCUCGCUCAAGCCUCGUAUGAAGCCCGGCGUGGAAACGUUCGAGAACCAACAAGAGAAGUCUUGAUCCACUAUGGGAAAGGAAUCGAAGCCCUGCGUCUCAAGAUGGCACGUAGCCCAACUUGCGACGAUGAUGCCACGAUUUUGGCGAUCAUGGCCCUGCUGGGAAUCGCCUUGAUUUACAAUGACUUUGUUUCGUUUGAGACCCAUUUGAUUGGCCUACGCCAUCUUGUGGAACUGCGAGGAGGGGUUGAUCAUCUGGGAUGGGACGACUUCCUGAAGAAUUCAAUCACUGGCCUCGAAUCUCUCUGGGCGUACCACGAAAAUAAGAAGAUGAGCAUUUCGACCACCGAAGUCAGCAUCAAACUACAAUAUCCGAAACAUCCAUUUCCUCCUGACCUCUGCACCCUGAUCGCCAAGCUUCCCGAUGGAUUUCGAGAGAUUUCCUUGUCCGGGAGUCUCUGCGUUCAGAUCAUCACAGUGUUGGCACGUGUGACGGAGUGGGUUGCACAGUUGCAAGGCUCGCGGAAGAAGGGAGUCCUCGCCUUGGGAGAUCCAAACGGCACGUAUAUGAAGCAAACGCAGGCGUGUCUCGAAUUGGUGCCUCUUCGUGGGUUGAACACACUUGAGAGGGUUCUUUGUUCGGCGCUGGCGGCCGUUACCACGGAGACCUUUCGUCAAUCCAGGCAACAGAACCCGGUGCAUCGGCGAUUGGUCGAAUCGCUCUCGGAAAUGCUUUCCCGAUACAAUCUGCACGACUUACCGCUUGAAUGUACCAUAUGGAUGGCGUUGGUCAUCGCAGGUCCUGCGUAUUCGUCUAACGAGCGGCCUACAAGCGAAGCAGUGUCGAUGAAUCAAGGUCAACCACAUGCCCCACGAUUUGUCCUCUUGGAUAGAAUUCUCGAGGAUUCAUCCAGUGCCAGGAAUUGGAAGUGGGUCAAGAAGUCAGUCGUAAAGUUCUUCUGGAGUGAGGACUUAUUGGCAGUAUGGCGACAGACGUGGGAACUGGCGUUGUUGCGGUACUCCGACAGAGUCAAGGCCAGAAGGACCAUACUAUCCAACCAGGCAUGUUCAGAAGGCUGA